AAAAGUCAGUCCUUGUUCUUGUAAGAUGGACGACGGAUUUGUGGUGGAUCUAACUUCUGUAUCCAGAAAUGAUCAGACUCCAUAUUUUCAGGACGUGCCAAAUCCCGGUUCCAAUAACGAGUUGUACUCCUUCAAUCCCUGCAGUGGUUUUACUGAAGGUACAGGAUCAUGCAGUGACGUUACGUUAUGUCUUAUUACCGUCAGUGGACCAAUAAAGCAAUACAAAUAUCUUGGCUCCAAAAAUACGUCUUCCUUCUCCAUGAACGAUAACAUCAUAGAUAUGUAUUAUUCGGACGGAGAUGGCGGGACUUCAUCAGUUGUUCACAUUUCUUGUAAUGACGGUACUUUGGGGACUUUUUUUGAACCUAAGGGAAGCACCGGAGGUCCAUAUGUAAGCUUACUGUAA